GCUCGCGCUCGCUCGCUCGCGCCCUCCCCCUCUCCUGCUCUUGUUCCAGCAGCAGCAGCGGCGGCGCUCGAGCAGAACUGUGGAACUAGCAUGGCGCUCCCGCUGCUUCCACGCUCCUUCUCAUGUUAGAAUUCACUCAAGUCCCCUCAAAGCUGAUGGAAAGGCCAUGGCCAUAGUCACGGCAUGGGAGUGACGUGAAGGUCCUUGAGCGGCUUCGGAACAAAAGACCCUGGUGAUGAUUUUCUGAAGUGGAGGCCGAGCACGCAGAGGAUGGACGAGUCCGUGUUGCUGGAUUUGCUUGAGUGCCCCGUUUGUCUGGAGCGGCUCGACGCCUCCGCCAAGGUUCUGCCCUGUCAGCACACCUUCUGCCGAAGAUGUCUCCAGGGCAUCCUGGGUUCACGCGGCGAGCUCCGCUGUCCGGAGUGCAGGACGCUGGUGGAGUGUGCGGUGGAUGACCUGCCGAGCAACAUCCUGCUUGUGCGCCUGUUGGACGGCAUCAAGCAGAGGCCGCGGAAAGCCGGCUCCGUGCCUGCAGUCUGCACCAACGGUACACCUGGAGCCGUGGCCAGAGCACCUGCGACUGGGACCAAGGACCAGAACGCCGCAGGAGCGCAGACUCAGCGAGCUCAGGCUAAGAGCACAGUUGUCCGGGGUGUACCGCAGCUCCCUUGUGCCAAAGCCCUCUAUAACUAUGAUGGGAAGGAACCUGGAGACCUCAAAUUCAGCAAGGGUGACAUCAUCAUCCUGCGACGACAAGUCGAUGAAAACUGGUACCACGGAGAGAUGGGCGGAGUGCAUGGAUUUUUCCCCACCAACUUUGUCCAGGUCAUCAAGCCUCUGCCGCAGCCGCCGCCCCAGUGCAAAGCUCUGUACGACUUUGAGCUGAAAGACAAAGAGGCCGACAAAGACUGUCUGCCAUUCUCUAAGGAUGAUAUCUUGACCGUCAUCCGCAGAGUAGAUGAAAACUGGGCAGAGGGAAUGCUGGGAGAUAAAAUUGGAAUUUUUCCCAUCUCAUAUGUGGAGUUCAACUCAGCAGCACGUCAGCUCAUAGAGUCGGACAAACCGGCAGACCCCAGUGGAGACGGUGGUGAGGGGGCCUCCUCAGCACCCCAGAGCAACGGUGCCCAGCGAGCAGGAGAGAAGAAGAACACCAAGAAACGCCAUUCCUUUACCUCCCUCACCAUGUCCCACAAGCCCAUGCUAGCUCCUCCCCCUCAACGCCACUCCAUGGAAAUCAGUGGGCCGGUCCUGAUCAGCUCCAGCAACCCAACAGCGGCUGCUCGGAUUGGAGAAAUCAGCGGGGGGCUUUCCUGCAGCGCACCUUCACAAGUACAUAUUUGCACAACUGGACUAAUUGUAACCCCGCCCCCUAGCAGUCCUGUUACCACAGCAACGGUCUUCACAUUUCCGUCAGAGACAAGCUACACGUCCAUUCCUUUGGACGGCCUCCCACCACCCCCACCUCCUCCCCCGCAGUCCUCCGUUAGCGGGGCGGCGUUCUCGCUGGCCGCCGGGCAGAGACCCUCCCCCAGUACAAGUGACCAAAGCGGGAGACAAAGACCCACAGUCUAUGUGGCCAUGUUCCCAUACACUCCCCGCAAGGAGGAUGAGGUGGAGCUGAGGAAAGGAGAGAUGUUUCUGGUGCUGGAGCGCUGUCAGGACGGCUGGUUCAAGGGCACCUCCAUGCACACGGGCAAGAUCGGCGUCUUUCCUGGGAACUACAUGAGCCCCGUCAGCAGGGCGUCUGGGAGCACCAAAGUUCCCAUGAGUCUGUGCACGCAGGCUGGCAGAGGAGUCACCAUCCUCAGCCCCUCCUCCGCUCCCCUCGGCGCCGCAGCUCCAGGGACUGACUUCAACCAAACCCCCCCUGUGUGUUCUAGCGCGGUACCUGCCAGCGCCCAUCCUGCAGCUGUGGUAACAGCAGCUCAGACAGCCACAGGCCAGCAGCCAAAAGUCCCGCUGCACGUCAGCCCGCAGAUGACUGUAAAUCAGGCCCGCAGUGCUGUCCGGACAGCUGCUUGUCACAGCCAGGACCGCCCCACGGCGGCGGUGCCGCCUGUGCAGGCUGCAGCCCCGGUCUCCUUCCUCCCACACCUGGUAGUGUGUCAGCAGUCCUCCUCCAGUCCAGCUCAGGGCUGCGCCCGGGCGGCGGUGGCCAUGGGCUGCGCGGCAGCCUCUCUGACCCCGCCCAAUGUGAGCGCCACGUGUCUGGAGGGGGAAGCGCUGAGACCCGUGCCUGUCCUUGCCGUGCCUGUUUGCCCUGGAAGCGGCGCCGCCGUCAGCGCCUCCUUCAGCGCCGCAGCUCUGGCCUGCAGAGCAGAGAAGGACGUGAAGAGGGAAAAGAAAAGUCUUCUGAAGCUGUUGUCCUCCAACAAGAAGAGGUCCCGCCCCUCUCCCCCCUCCUCCCCCACCCUGGAGUCGGAGCAGGCCGCUGCAGGAGAGCUGCUGCACGGGGCCGCGGGCGCCGACACCUCCCCGCCCUCGGGCUCUGGAGGCUGCCCUGAGCCAGAACCUGCUGCUCCAUCCUCCUCCUCUCAUCCAGGCCUGGACUCCUCCCAGCGGAAGAGCGGUCCUCUGGAUGCCCCCAUCGCUCCGCCCCCUCGCCAGCCGUGCUCCUCCCUGUCCCAGCAGCACGACACACGCCCCAUCAUAUGUGAGAGGUACAGGGUGGUGGUUUCCUAUCCUCCUCAGAGCGAGGCCGAGCUGGAACUCAAGGAAGGCGACAUCGUGUUCGUCCACAGGAAGAGGGAGGACGGCUGGUUCAAAGGCACGCUGCAGAGGAACGGCAGGACCGGGCUGUUCCCCGGCAGCUUCGUGGACGUGAUGUGAGCCUCCACGCUGACACUUUAAUCCUGAAAGUUCAUGAAGAGGAGAGCACACUACCCAGGAGAUGUUAUUGUUGGUUAUUUAUGCGUUUGGUUAAUGUGUGCCUUGUACUGUUCCACACUUUAUUGUACAGAAGGACACAAGUAUGUUUAGUCCUAAAGAAACCCAUAUGAACUGUUUCUAUCAAACCUUUUAACUUAUUUCAUGUUGCUCUUUCUCUGUGCCGUAGAUUAAGGGCUUUUUGUCUUAAUGACCACAUUAGCUACUCAUUUUCUACUAGUUUCACCAUCAUUCUAUGUGGUGACAAAGAGACUGUAGUCUUUACCUGAAGCAGUGUUUGAGAGCUCCAGCAGGCAGACUUCAGAGGAAGCUGUGCGAGGUUGGAGCUGCUCUGGAAGCUUCAGGGCUUUUUGGGCUUUAGCCUGCAGAGAUGUAACCUUUGCAUGCUAGCAGAGCUAGAAAGGCUGCUGGACUCAGACACACUCCUCCAUGGACGUUGCAGUCAGAUUUUGCUUAUUUUGUACAUUGUUUGUAUUUACUGACCAGAAUAGCUGCUCCUCUAACCUCUUGGCGACAGCCAGACGGCGCUCUGCCUCACUCAGAGCCACACCGCAUUUCCAUUAUUUCAGUGUAUAUUUAUGAUUUUGACAUUUCACCUGCUGCUCAUGGGGUUUGUGGCGUGGAACUAACCCCGCCUUCGUUCAGUGGUGGGGGACACCAACUCAUUAUUAAUGUGACCUGUGGCAAUAAAACAGACGGCUGACUCAAAGCACAGAAUGUUUGCUGGUGUCCACAGACAGAGAAGAGUGUGAGGUCAAACCAGGAUCAGCUUAAAGCGAACGAAAAAACAGACUGAAAACUUGAAAACAAGACGCAAAGUUGAAAAAAAAAACUUGAAAUAAAUCUUGAAAAUGUGAAAACAAAAUACUGAAAACUUGAAUUAAAAAGAACUAUAAAUAUAAAAUUACAAAUUGAAAAGUAAUGUAUCUCUUAAUAAAGCUUCUGUUUUAAAUUACUAGGACAUGUUUCCCAGUAGCCAAUGAGCUCAAAGCCCCGCCCCCAUGUAAAAUCAGGCUUGGCAGCGAGAAUUCAACAAUCAGAGUUGAAACUGUAAACUGAGGACUGAAAGUGAGGAUUCAGAAAAUAUUUUUAGUAUUUUUUUCAAAUUUUCAAGAUUCAUUUCAAGUUUUGAGUUUUUUUCUCAAGUUUUCAAAAAAAUACUUUUUUUUUCCAAUUUUGAAGUUUUAUUUCAAGUUUUGAGGUUUUUUUUUCCAAAUUUACAUUGUCUUGUUUUCAAAUUUUCCACCAAACAAAGUUGAGUCACAAUGUUGUAUUUUUGAAGAUCGCAAUAUGUUUCUUCGUUCACUUCAAUCUGACCCUGGUUUGACCCCAUAAUCGUGCUUGUAUGGACCAUGAAUUUCUUCACGUUGAAUUCCAUCACUUUGAGCCUUCUUGUUGUCGAUCUUUGUUGUACUUGAAUUUCCUUCUUCUGGAAACGCUUUGGCCAAACAUUUGAAAGAAAAACCCAUUCACAGCUAGUGAUGUAGUAGUGUUGCAUCACCAGAUUUUUUCCUCUUCUGGAAAUCAAAUGAAUCUUUCAGCUCAGACUGAGGAGCACCAACACGUGCGUCCCUCAGGGCGUCCUCACGGGUCCACAAGAGUUUCAGAACUACGCUCAAAAGUUGUUGUUGAGGCCGGAGUUUCAAGCACACGUUUUUGUUUUGUUUAUUGAGAGGGACCACUGUCUAACUGACUGAUGGAAAAUGUUUUUACUUGUUAGAUAAAAAUGGUACGGAUCACUGUUGGGGCCUUUUUGAUGUCCUGAAAUGAUUUACCUGAUGUUGCAUUAUUGUCUUGGCAAUCACACCGACCUGAAGCCUUUAGCUUCAGGAGUGUCUUUGUGUCACUGACGAGCCUUUAGCGCCAUAAAUCCAGCAGAACCGGACAUGUGCACUGUCACACCAUGUGAUGACCCAAACUGCUAAGAAUAUGCUGCACAUUCAGCCAGAAUCGAGUCCUGGAUCCAUUAGAACUUUAGAUUCCUUCAAAGUGACGGCAGCUGAAGUUUGCUGGCCCCGGAUUAACACGUCUCCAAUGCUAAGGUGUCUUACUUGAUUUUUUUAAGUCUCUUAUUAGUCCGGUUUCUGUCUGAGAAUAGUGAAACUGAAAUUGUUUGGCACAUGUGAUGAUAAAUAUUAUGAGGCGUUUGAGGGAAAUCGCACAUUUUGUAUAAAAAAAUUAUAAUAAAACAAUUGAUUCGCAAAUGUC